AUGGAAUCAGAUGAAAGAGCAGAGAGAAUGUCCGACAGAUCAGAUGAGCUCUUUUCUGACACAGGGGUUGACGGAAUGGAAUCUAGUCCUGGGGAGGAGGACCUUGAGGUACAGGCAGAAGUUAAAUUGCACAGAGGGUCUUUGGUCUGGGAACGCUGUAGGGAAUCAUUUGGUUGUGGUUCGUCCGGUUGGACCCACAAGCAACAAUCGAGGUUAAAUUGUCUACCUGGGCUUCCUGAUGUGUGGGAGAAGCUGCAGUUGAGCGAGAAGCUGAGACACCCGUCAUCGACUUGGGCGAGGUCCCAAAUCGGGUGCGAUAAGGAAGCUGGUUUGGCUUCUGUUAGGGACCCCGCCGGAGACGGACCCCUCCGGAGUGGCACAGUUCCAAGUACCCCUCUUAGACCCACUCAGAGAAUCGUACCGCUCUGGAGGUGUCCAGACCCACCCAGAGUAAUUACUGCUCAACCGGACCACAAGAUUUUUGAUGCUAGUCCUGCAAAAGUAUUGCUUGCCCCAAUGAUGACCUGGUUGACCAUCCCUUCCCAUGUGUGGUAG